AUGAUAUUUGGCAUUUUGAGUAGAGACUUUCUGAACGUGUUUUUCAGGGACAAGUACAGGCCCAUCCCUUCAAACUACAACCUUGUGUUGGCCAUGCUCUGGCUUCACCCUGAAAGCAUUCAGCUUGACCAAGUCAAACUUGUUCACUAUUGUGCUAAUGGUUCUAAGCCAUGGAGGUAUACUGGAGAGGAGGAAAACAUGGAGAGGGAGGACAUUAAGAUGCUGGUAAAGAAAUGGUGGGAUAUUUAUGAUGAUGAGUCAUUGGACUUCAAGAACAUUGUGGCUGCAGCCGAGGCUGGAAAUGGCGCAGAACAAGUGGACCUGCAGGCAUUCAAGGCGGCUCUGUCGGAGGCUGGCGCUGUCAAUUUCAUCACCGCCCCAUCUGCUGUUUCUCAAAGAGAAUGA